UUAGCUGUGGAACCUUGGGGAAAUUACCUACUGUCUCCGAGCCUCCGUUUCCUCCAUUCUUUUCUUUCUGUAAGAUAAAGAUAGUAGGCUGGGCGCGGUGGUUCACGCCCGUAAUCCCAACACUUUGGGAGGCUGCGGCAAGAGGUUCGCUUAAGCCAAGGAGUUCGAGGCCAGCCUGGGCAAAAAAGCAAGACCUCAUCUCUACAAAAAAUGCAAAAAACUAACCGGGCGUGGAGGCUGCGGCGGGAAGAUAACUUAAGCCCGAGAAGUCGGGGCUGCAGUGAGUCGUGAUCACGCCACUGCACUACACCCUGAGCGACAGGGCAAGACACUGCCUAAAAAAAUAAUAAUAGGCUGGGCGCGGUGGCUCACGCCUGUAAUCCCAGCACUUUGGGAGGCCGAGGUGGGCGGAUCACGAGGUCAAGAGAUCGAGACCAUCCUGGCCAACAUGGUGAAACCCCGUCUCCACUAAAAAUUCAAGAAUUAGCCAGGCGUGGUGGGGGGCGCCUGUAGUCCCAGCUACUUGGGAGUCUGAAGCAGGAGAAUCGCUUGAACCCGGGAGGCAGAGGUUGCAUUGAGCCGAGAUCGCGCCACUGCACUCCAGCCUGGCAAUAGAGCGAGACUCCGUCUCAAAAUAAUAAUAAUAAUAACAAUAAAUACUACUUUGGGGUGGGAGCGGUGGCACACGCCUGAAAUCCCAGCACUUCCCUUUGGGAGGCUGAAGCGGGCGAAUCGCUUGAGUCCAGGAGUUGGGAACCAGCCCGGGCAAAAUAGUGAAAUCCCAUCUCUACAAAAAAUACAAAAAUUAGCCCGGCGUGGUGGCGCGCGCCUGUAGUCCCAGCACCUGUAGUCCCAGCUACUCGGGAGGCUGAGGUGAGAGGAUUACUUGAGCCUGGAAGGUCGAGGCUGCUGAGAGCCGAGAUCACGCCACUGCACUCAGGCCAGUGAAUCAGAACCAGAAAAAGGCAAAAUGAUUCCCAGAGACACAGCCAUGAAGCAGGUGGUUUCGAUCUGAAAAAAUCAAGGUGAAAAGCUCUAGCAACCAGAAAGAAGCGAAUGGAGGAAAAUGGAAAACGCAAGCUAGAAGACAGAGUCUCAUUCUGUAGGCCAGGCCGGAGGACGGGAGGACGGGAAUGAGAAAGGCCAUGUACAAGAGGAAGUAGUCAGCCGCUAAAUCCAAGAUGGCGGGUGAAAAAGUUGAGAAGCCAGAUACUAAAGAGAAGAAACCCGAAGCCAAGAAAGUUGAUGCUGGUGGCAAGGUGAAAAAGGGUAACCUCAAAGCUAAAAAGCCCAAGAAGGGGAAGCCCCAUUGCAGCCGCAACCCUGUCCUUGUCAGAGGAAUUGGCAGGUAUUCCCGAUCUGCCAUGUAUUCCAGAAAGGCCAUGUACAAGAGGAAGUACUCAGCCGCUAAAUCCAAGGUUGAAAAGAAAAAGAAGGAGAAGGUUCUUGCAACUGUUACAAAACCAGUUGGUGGUGACAAGAACGGCGGUACCCGGGUGGUUAAACUUCGCAAAAUGCCUAGAUAUUAUCCUACUGAAGAUGUGCCUCGAAAGCUGUUGAGCCACGGCAAAAAACCCUUCAGUCAGCACGUGAGAAAACUGCGAGCCAGCAUUACCCCCGGGACCAUUCUGAUCAUCCUCACUGGACGCCACAGGGGCAAGAGGGUGGUUUUCCUGAAGCAGCUGGCUAGCGGCUUAUUACUUGUGACUGGACCUCUGGUCCUCAAUCGAGUUCCUCUACGAAGAACACACCAGAAAUUUGUCAUUGCCACCUCAACCAAAAUCGAUAUCAGCAAUGUAAAAAUCCCAAAACAUCUUACUGAUGCUUACUUCAAGAAGAAGAAGCUGCGGAAGCCCAGACACCAGGAAGGUGAGAUCUUCGACACAGAAAAAGAGAAAUAUGAGAUUACGGAGCAGCGCAAGAUUGAUCAGAAAGCUGUGGACUCACAAAUUUUACCAAAAAUCAAAGCUAUUCCUCAGCUCCAGGGCUACCUGCGAUCUGUGUUUGCUCUGACAAAUGGAAUUUAUCCUCACAAAUUGGUGUUCUAAAUGUCUUAAGAACCUAAUUAAAUAGCUGACUACA